CGAUUUAAUUGGUAAUAUAAAAAUAAAUAUCAAAAAUGGAAUAAAAUAUUGAAAAAAUUUAUAAAAAUAGCUAUGAUAAAAACAGUGUUUUAAUCAUUGGCUGUGGUCCUUCAGGAAUCCUUGCUACGAAGUAUUUAUAAAAAAAUAAUAACGUUAUUUGUAUUGAUAAUAGAGAAGAUAUAGGAGGGUAAUGGUACUUUGAUAAAUACAAUGAAGAAAAUCAUCCAAAUUUACAAUAAACUGCGUUUUAUCAUUAUUAUGGAGUAUUGUGUAGUUCUCUCUAUGAAAAUCUUUAAGCAAACUUACCAAAAUUUUAAAUGACAUUCAAGGGCUUUCCAACUAAGUCUGAGUAUUAAGAAUUUAUGAAAGCAGAAGAAUUUUACGAAUAUCUUUAAGAUUAUUGCGCCCAUCAUCAACUUAAAAAAAAUAUGCUUUUCAAUACUUUUGUAUCAUCUGUCAGGCUCAUAGAAAAGUUGAGUGAUGAAGAAAAAAAGAAUACAGGAUAACUAUUAACAAAAAGAUUUUUAGUCGAGAUUAAAGACUCAAGUGAUUAUAAAAAAAAUGUGCGUUACUUAUAGGCAGACAAUGUUAUUGUCGCAACAGGUCACUGCUCGGUUCCUAACUAUCCAAAAAUAUUAAAUUUUGAAUUAUUCUAAGGCGAAAAAUAUCACAGCCACUACUUUAGAUAGAAUUAUCUUUAAAAAUUCAUAAAUAAACAUCUUGUUAUUUAUGGAGGGAACUAAUCAGCAUAAGAUUUGCUCUGUAUUAUAUUAAAAUAGACUGACCCAUCUCAGAAUCCUUAAAAAAUAACUUUGAUAGCAAAUAAAGGAAUUAUAGAUACUUUCAGAUAAUCAGAAGCUUAUAAGGAGGAGAUAAUAAAUAAGAAGCUAGCUUUGGCUGCUACUGAUGUGAAAAGUUUUGUAAGUGAAAAAUCAUUAAUCUUAGAAUCUGGAGAAUAUGUUGAAAAUAUUGAUAUUUUAAUGUUUGCUACAGGAUAUUAGUACUGCUUUCCAUUCUUAGAAAAUUCAAAUGAUAACCUUAUUGAAUUUAUGGAGGAGAAUGAUAGAAAAAACUGUUUUGGUCCUUUAUAUAAAAGAUUGUUCUCUGUUAGAGAACCAAACUUAAUAUUUUUGGGAAUGACUUUUAAUACUGCAACAAUCUAGUAAAUGUUUGAAAGGUAAGCGAUUUGUGCUUAAAGAUUUAUUGAUAAAAUAAUUAGUUUACCUUCAUAAGAAGAAAUGCUAAAAGAUUAUGAAUAAGAUUUCCUAAAAUCGUAGUAGAACUUUAAAGAUGGAAGAGAUUUUUUUAGAGUAUCUCAUUUUAAAGGAUAGGAUGAAUAUGAGUAUUAGAAAUAGCUUUGUUAACUAGCUUAGAUGUAAUUUGAUGAAGAGUUUAAUUAAUAUGUUAAAAAUUUAUUUGUUCCUCUUGUAGAAAAAACAGUAUUUAAAGGUAACUAUCCUUGGAUGAAAAAAGAAAAAAUUUCUCAUUUAAUUCCAGAGUCUUACAGUCCUAAGGAAGAUCUCUUUUGAAUCAAGUGAUUAAAAUCAUUUAAAUAUAAAAAAUAAUCAUUAGAUAUUAACUUAAUGUUAUCAAGGUAGUAAAAAUUAAAUUAAUUAAAAUUAUCA